CAGCCAGCCGGCGGACCCCGGGCAUGGUGCAGCCCUGCGAGUGUCUGGAGGGCAGGGAGGAGGCUGCUCCGGCUCGGGAGGUGGGGCCUGACUGCGGGCUGGAGCUGAGGUCUGGGCAGCCGGUCCUGCCCCUGCCCCGGCGGCUGCUGACAGCCCCCCCCCCCGCAUAUAACUUACCUUGCCUCUGCCUUCCCUGCCUCUGGCAACUCGUCCCCCCGCCGCGCUCCCGAGAGCUCCUGCAAGCCCCGGCAGAUCGAGGCCGGCUGUGGAGGCUUCGCGAGGACCCAAGGCGCCUUCACAACCCGCCCCCAGCCGGGCAAGCUAGUCCCGGAGAGCCGCUGAGCUGGUGGACGUUUGCUCCCCGCGGAUGGACGGACCCGGCCUUUACUGAGCGACCUCUUCCCAGCCUCUGUCUUCUUUCUGCCUCCUGGGUUGUGCAGAGCCCCAUAACAUUGACAGGGGCGUGUGAGUCACAGGCUGGGGGGCUGCUAAGGAAGAUUAACUCUUUCCUUUUCUUGUGCGUGUGCAAAGCCUGACUUUCCCUUUUCUGUUAUUCCCUCACUGCAUUGUAAUUGCACAUUUUGCUUGUUUUUACCCCUUCCUCUCCCCCGCACACCCUUCUUAUUCCCCUGGAUUUGCACAUUUUCCUCUCCCCAAUUAAAAAGGUGUCACAGGGGAUGGCGGUUUUUCUGUUGCGAGUUUUGCUCCUGCUGGUGCUAAGUUCUAGCCAGACCUUUGCAGAGCCCUUUGUGGCCAAUGGCAAAUGUCCAGCUCGUUGCGAUGUCUCCAAGUGUCCGAGCCCCAGCUGCCCAAGCGGCUACGUCCCUGAUCGUUGCAACUGCUGCCUUAUCUGUGCUGCGGGAGAAGGUGAUUCCUGUGGCCGCAAGGAAGACCCACCAUGCGGGGACAGCCUGGAUUGCAAGCACUCCAUGGGCAAGCGCUUCGGCAAAGGGGUAUGCCAGUGCAAGCUCAGCUACCAGGUGUGCGGCAGCGAUGGCAGGACCUAUGACAAUGUGUGUCAGCUGAAGGCGGUGAGCCGUAAGGCUUUGCAACAGGGGUUGCCAGCUGUCAUCCAGAUCCAGAAAGGCGCCUGUGAAUCGGGUCACCAACAGCCCAACAGCCCAAGAUACAAGUUUAACUUCAUUGCAGAUGUGGUGGAAAAGAUUGCACCUGCAGUCGUUCACAUUGAACUUUUCCUGAGACAUCCUCUCUUUGGCCGAAAUGUCCCCUUGUCCAGUGGAUCUGGGUUUAUAAUGUCAGACUUGGGUUUAAUUGUAACCAAUGCCCACGUGGUGUCAAGCAGCAAUGCUAUAUCAGGGCGACAACAGUUAAAAGUGCAGCUGCAGACUGGAGAUACCUAUGAAGCAACAAUUAAAGACAUUGACAAGAAGUCUGAUAUAGCAACAAUAAAGAUUCAUCCUAAGAAAAAACUACCCGUAUUAUUACUGGGCCACUCGGCCGAUCUGCGUCCUGGGGAGUUCGUUGUAGCUAUUGGGAGCCCUUUUGCCUUGCAGAACACUGUGACAACAGGUAUUGUCAGCACUGCUCAGCGAGAUGGAAAGGAGCUAGGCCUGAGGGACUCGGAUAUGGAUUACAUUCAGACAGAUGCCAUUAUCAACUAUGGAAACUCAGGAGGACCUCUGGUUAAUUUGGAUGGUGAAGUGAUUGGAAUAAACACUUUAAAGGUUACUGCUGGAAUUUCCUUUGCUAUUCCUUCUGAUCGCAUCUCUCAGUUCCUCACAGAGUCACAUGACAAACAAAAUAAAGAUGGGAAAAAACGCUUCAUUGGCAUAAGGAUGCUGACAAUAACAUCCAUUCUUGUGGAAGAACUAAAACUCAAUAAUCCUGAUUUUCCUGAUGUGAGCAGUGGAAUUUAUGUACAUGAAGUUGUUCCAAAUUCACCUUCUCAGAGAGGUGGCAUCAAAGAUGGAGACAUCAUUGUCAAAGUAAAUGGACGUCCUUUGAUGACCUCCAGUGACCUGCAAGAGGCUGUGAUGAAUGAGUCACCUCUACUACUUGAAGUUCGAAGGGGAAAUGAUGACUUGCUGUUUAACAUAGAGCCUGAAGUUGUCAUGUAAAUCAAACUGAGGAAGCUCACACCAUAACUAAACUCACUUAUUCUGAAACAUCAGAUACCUCCUUUACAGCUGCAGUAAUUAUACUUCCCGUUGACUAAUGACAAGGUGGACUAACUUGAUUGCCUGAGCCAUGUCUGUACAUAGUAGCUAAAUUUAAUUAGGUUACAAAAUGAAAACAAAUGUGAUUUUACCUUCAAAGUAAUUUUUGUUAAACUAUAUUUUGAGGAUAACAAUAAACAACCCCACAAUGUGUGUAAAUUGGGCACAUUAAUUAUAUCUCUGCCCUUGCAGGGGCCUCGGGCACUGGUGCACUUUGGCCCUUCUUUUCUUUGCCUGUGACACGUAAUAGUCUAAUCUCCUCUGACUGUAAUGCUUCAGUCUAAUUUUGGUUGUUGGCUUUAGUGUGUGGGUACUGGGUGGUAUUGAUGGCCUGUGAUGUACAGGUAUUCAGACCGGAACUGGUGGUCCCUCCUUAAUGGUGAUGGCCUUAAACUCUAUGACUCUUUCUGGGGUGUCACUAUAGAAACUGGCUCCAAUCCCAGUUCCUUUAAAUUUAAUAGAAGUUUUGCCAUUGAUGGGAGGGUCAGUCCUGUAAUUUGAAAGUCCGUAACUCCAUCAACAGUGAGAAAACAUGGUUAAAAAGGAGAAAUUGCCGUUGGAUGAUUAUAAGCAGGAUUUUGACACAGCAGAACUAAGCUAUUUUGACCAAAAGCUGAGCUUUUUUUUGUUUGUUUUUGCAUUUCUUUGCCUCUUUGAAUGUGAAAUUAGCAUUAGCAAAGCCUUUAUUUGAUCUUGGAGCUUGUACAUUAUAUGUGAAUGCAGGUGGGGAAAAUUUGUAAAUAUAAAAAUGGUAUGAAAGUGGUACCAGGCUAUAGAGUGUUACACCUAGGUCAUGCAAUUCUGGAAUAUAGUAAAUGAUUCUUAUAGAAUUAAUGCUUUAGUUAAAUAUAUAAAAGUCAAAACAAUGUGCAGAGAAAAAAGUUUGAAAGUUCACAGUAUUUUACAGGGUUUUUAAAAUCAUGUACAAAUUAGUUUUCAUUAUACUGGUACACUUUGCUGAAAAAUUGAUAUACUACUUAUGCUUGUACUGUAUAUGUUUCUACUGUAAGGAAAUUGAAGUUUACACAAAUAAAAUUUUGCUUUGCA